AUGAACAGCGUCGGGGAGGCUUGCACUGACAUGAAGCGGGAGUACGACCAGUGUUUCAAUCGCUGGUUUGCCGAGAAGUUCCUGAAAGGGGACGGCUCUGGGGACCCGUGCACCGACCUCUUCACGCGCUACCAGCAGUGUGUUCAGAAAGCAAUAAAGGAGAAAGAGAUUCCUAUUGAAGGACUGGAGUUCAUGGGCCAUGGCAAAGUUAAGCCUGAAAGCUCUUCUUGACCCUGAAGAUGGAUUCCUCACAUUAGGAACAGAAAGGAGUCUGGAUUUUGUCAACAAAGGCUAUGAAGAUAGACGUGGAAUUUGAUGAGUUUGGGAUUUUUGUCUCUGCCUUCUGGAUUUUCCUGCUUCUAGAAGAUGAUGAACUGUCAUUCUUGCUUUGAGAUGAUUUCUCACUUGGAGAAAUGUGCUAAAA